AUGCGAGAUGUGCAGCCUUCGCCAGAUUACGUUAAUCUCUUGUGUUUUUCUCCUCACAGCGUGGUCGCUUACUGCGACGUUCAGCAGCCGAGGCUGCUGGAGGGUUCACUGAGGUCAAACCUGAGGGUCUACCAUCCUCUGGUGGUGAUGGCUCAAAAGGCCUAUCUGAGGGCGAUUGACAUCAAAAUAAUGCACCAACUGAUGGCUGUUAACGAAGGGAUUGAGGCGGUCAAAUGGAUUUUGGAAGAGAAGGGCACUCUGGCCAGCAGAUGCAGCAGUCUGACCAGCAGCAUGUACAGCCUUGUCGAGAGCCAGGAGACCUCGAGGAGAGGCAGUUGGAACAGCUUACAGGAUCCCAACGACAAACUCGACGGCAUUUCCAUCGGGAGCUUUCUGGACACCUUGGCCGAUGACAUGGAUGAAUACUGUCAGCCCACGGUGGAUCCCGUGUCCUCUCUACCCUCCGCCCACGGAGGAAGCUCAUACGACAAGGUGGACACAGAGAAACAUACCGGCGAGACGCACUGUCAACCGUCCGCCACAGCCAAUGGGAUUUUGGGAAAGCAAGGGAACGGUGUUGCGGAGCGCGGGGUGGAAGCUCAGUUUCCUCACGAAGACAAGUCGUGCAAAGAUGUCGGGAAGCUCAAAGUUCAGAGGAAUGGGAAAGUAGAUUACGAUAGUUGUAAACUGAACAAAGUGCACAUUGAGUACGAUGCUCAUUGGCAUUGGGUGCAGUCACAGGAUGACGUGACCUUCUUAUAAGGAGAUGGGUUGGGUAGUGGUCCCCACCUCUCGGCAAUACAGUCACUAAUGUUAAAAAAUUAAUGGUAAUCUCGCAAUAUACGGUGUUUCUGAUGUGCCGACCCCCCCCCACUGCCCGCCUCGUAAAUCGUGCCGCCUGUCUUGUUUCUUCCCCUUUCGCGAUCAUUUGGAUGCAGGAUUACAGUAGCGUAAACAGAACUCGGGCAAGUUCUCCCUCUGCACGUGUACGGGUUGGUUUUUGAUUGGGGUAUUUUUGGAGGUCUGAGCGGGCGCUCUUUUUCCAGUAGCCGGAAGCGCGUCACUCCGACUCAAGGGGAACCCGCUCUGGAAAUCAGACCAACUCGGGAUCACUCUUCCUCUGUCUCUCUGCCUUGCCCCCUUCCUACCCCAUCUUCA